AUGACCACAUUGAUUGAUCGGCUGCAUGAAUGGAAAACAUCCCCAAGUAAACUUUUGUGCCUUGAUCUGCGUCCGCGCGAUGAGUACCAAAAGAAACGAAUUGUGCCGUCUACAAAUAUCCCAUACGAUGAGUUGCGCGCACGUGGCAACGAACUGCCGCCAAAACAAACACCAUUUGCAGUAAUAGAGCCGUCUAGUAGUCCUGAGUGCUCACAAUGGCUGGUGGAUAAUGGGUGGAAGUGCUCCUGGAUAUUUUGUGAAGCCGAAGACGCACUCUGGGAGACAGUGCUCGGGGAUGGCUAUGGUACAACGGAAAGUCCGAGUGGAAUAUGGCCAUUAUUUCGCCCCUCUCCUUUGUUAUCCAACCACAUCCAAGACAUAGAAGCUAGUAUUGUAGGAAAACUACAAUGCUUGGAUGUUGGAUGUGGCGCCGGUCGAGAUAUUGUCUGGCUUUUAGCACGGAACAAUCGCUGGAAAGUCAGUGCCAUCGACUCACUCCCAGCAUGUGUGGAAAAAACAAAAGCAAUGGGGCGUGCCUGGAAUGUGAGUGAUAGACUGACAGUGACUUGCGCUAAAGUUAUGGCGAACGGAAGAUGGCAAUCCAGGACGGAUAAUACUUUGCAAAAUGAUGAUAUGUUAAUGGAUCGAUUGGAAAGAAAGAAAGCUCGGUUGGCGCCAGGUAUUCCAGUUGAUUCAUUUUUUGCCAUUUUGCCAGAUCCUCGCCCUCCAUUUGAUCUUAUUCUCACAAUUCGGUUUCUUGCACGCUCUAUGUUGAGACAAUUACCGGGUUUAUUGAAAGUAGGUGGGUAUCUAGCUAUAUCUCAGUUUGUCGAUCAUCCAGACUAUGAUUACAAGCAACCUUCUAAGGAGCACCGCUUGUCAGUUAAUGAAAUAAGCGAUUUGUACAUGUCAAUUGGCUGUAUGGAGAUUAUAGUGGACAUUAUUGAUGAGAUCGAGGAUGGAAGGCCUGUGAACUCGGUUCUUUUGAAGAGAAUAAAGUAA